UAAACAUAUCAUGAUACAGAUUUAUAGCUGAUUUUAGCUUACGCAUUAGCUUAACUAAGCCUUAUAUUUAAGAGAUCUCUCACACUAAAAAUAAUUUUGUUGCAAUAUACUGCGUCUUAAUGAUGGAAGGCGGUGAGCCUUGGACUAUACGAACCAAUACACCCCCUAGUGAUCCCAAAUUUUCCUCUCAACAUAGUGCAAAGAACAAUGUCGCACAGUAUUCGCUCACAUCGAAAGUCUCGGACAGGCUGCAACAACUGCAAACUCAGGCGAGUUAAGUGCGACGAAGUCAAACCGCAAUGCGCUGGUUGCAUCCGCCGCGGCGAUGAAUGCUUGUACGCGGCAAACGUACCGGCAAGUACGCAGGCCAACUCCCCGGUCCAGACCAGCCCUUCAAUACUCGAAGACCGCAUCGAUACUCAGCCGGUGCCCUGCUUCCAGCAACUAUCUGAAGGGCCAGAUUAUAGCGCUAAGCACCUUCUGGAUAUUCGGCUGAUACAUCACUACUGUAUCUUUACAGCGCAGUACUUUGCUAGGACGUUCCCCGAGAAGGUAUCAAUUGCGUUGACGGUCGACAUUCCACAACUUGGCUUCAAGCACGGAUUUCUCAUGGACGCCAUCCUCCUCGUAUCAAUGAUCCACUUAGGCUGCACAGACCCCGUCUCCUUAGAAACCCUUCCCGUCUAUCUCUAUCGGGACCAGGCUUUGCGAACUCUACGCCGAGCCGUUGCCGACAUCUCGCCGCAAACACUUAAUGCUGUUAGGGGUGCAUCCGUCCUGCUUGCGACAGUCUCGUUAGCAGCAGACCGUACAACUAAGCAAUUCGGCCUGUGGACAGCUAAUUGGCUGAUCCUCGCCCUAGGGCAGCGAAAUUUCCAUGCACCAACAUCCCUUCGACAGCACUCUCCCCUCACUGCCAGCCAAGACGAUAUAGAGUCUCCUGGUAACCGCUAUGGAUCUUUUGCCGACAUCCCAGGGCCAGGAGCCAUACCUGACGAUAUUCAGCGCGCACUUUCAAGAGAGGGGAAUGACUGUGCGCACCCCGAGGGUCUCCAUGAGGCUGCAACGGAGCUUGGCCGGCUUAUCGCUGUCCUAGAGCACCCUUACGAGGAGUCAUGGUUGGAGAAAAAGAUUAAGGCAUGGGCCUUCGACGUGGUAUCAUCCGAGUUUGUCGAGUUGGUUCGACAAGCACAACCACAAGCUCUCAUUAUACUUGCAUAUUAUCUAGCCCUCUUCAAGUUUCUCCCAGAUACAUGGACCUACCAAGGUGUGGCUAGUCACGACAUUAAGGAAAUACACAAUACCAUUGAUCCAACAUGGGAGGAGUAUAUGUCUGUACCAAAAAUAGCACUACAGAUGAACGACAGAACUGCCCUAGCUCAGAUGCUUGUGAGCUGCUUACCAGGAAGAGGACAAUCACCCCCGUUGUCGAUAUAUAGGGCUUAGAAAUUCACAUCACAUCACAUACGACUAUAGCUAGGAUAGGAGGAUUUGAAUGCGCAUUUACAGAGACAAACUAACUACUCUAUUUUCCCAUGCAACCAACGAUUUACAAAUCGUUAAGAGAAAUUCACUACCCUCACCAUAUUUCUCUAAUCUAAGAACAAAACAAAAAAGCUUCAGCAACGUUCUCGCCUACGACUACCAGUAUCGCUAAUAAAGCUGUGUAUCUUUCGCAUAGACAAAUUCUACUCAAAUAUCGCAGUACCCAAGCUCUUCUGGCGUUUGCUUGCUAUAUGAGUUCUUCGCCUUGACCCUGCCAGACUUCACUCUGUGCCUUCACAUACUCGGACGGGUGGUAGUAGAUCAGAAUGGCCAGAACACCGAACAUCAACGUCGAGUCACAAACAUAGAGGUAAGCUUCGCUCUUCUGUAGAGGAGAGUCGUUAUUGCCAGUGAACUCGAUGAGACGGAAGAAGGACCGGAUGAAGAUCAGAGCGCUAGCAAAGAAGACAACGCGCAUGACACCCACCCAGCCGUUCUUACUGCUGCGUCUAUCUAGCGAUUUCGCCAUCGGUGUUGGGUCUCGCGCUAGGCGCCGCGAGACGAGAACGGCGACUAAGACGAACAGCCCGAAGCAGAUGAUCUGGGCGAUCAGGCCAAUUAGGAUAAUUGUCUUUCCAAGGGUGAAAUUGUUUGUCAGCAUCCCAGAGCCCAUGAUCUGGAUGAUGAAGGAGAGGAGGUCCCCCAACACGAAUAUCUUGGUCAACCACGUCGGUCGUAUGGGCGAGUAGGCCUCGGCACGCACGAGCGUGAUUAGACGCCCUAGGACCAUAUAGAUGGAGGCAGCGAAGAGCGCGGGUGCAACAAGGAUGCACAGGGUCUGCACGACGAAGAGUGCUAUGUUGCUUUGUUCCUUGCUGGCUAGGUAGCGCGUGACAUAGCCGGCAAUCUCGACUGUUAGAAGUCGGUCAGCGUUGCCGCGAUAUACUAGCAGAUAAUGAAGAGGAGGAGGAGGAGACGUACGGACACCGCCAAUUACCAGCACGGUGAAGUACCAUGCGUGGCGGCGGAACAUGAUGACGAUGUGCCAAAGGGUAGUGAUUGCAAAAAGGAUCAAGAAUAUCAUCGCUGCCGCAGGGCUUGGCGAAUAGCUCCAGGGAUUGAUCUCGCCCAUUGUGACAG